CUCCCUCAUUCCAAGCCCACAAGUCCACGAAAAUCAGCUAUAAAUAUAAGAGUUUCAGUAGGGUUUCAGACACUUGGAAAUUCCCUGAGAAAUAGACUUGGAGUUCACGUGGAGUUUCAAACCUAGGAACUACUCUGCAGCAACCUUCGGGCAGCCCUGAGAAGUUCAUUCCGCCUCGCGCAAACCCUAAACGUUACUUCGCCAAUCCGGCCUUGCCUUCCAAUUUUAACAGGUCUCUCAUCAGGUAUGCCUCUGUUCCUAUUACUCUAUGCCUCGGGUUGAAUACUGAAUAUAUGAGGUAACCUCAGGCUUGGCCCUCAGGGUUAUAUUUGUGUAUGAAUAUGUGAUUUAUGCCUUGACUGUUUAACAGUUUCGUUUAUGAGGUGAAUGCCAUAGGAUCUGGAAUCUUUAACAUCGUGCAGGUACCAAUGGAAAAUCCAAAUCCCGCAGGUGCUCGCUAGCCGCUUCGCUAGGCGAGCACGCAGCGAAGCUUCGUUAGGCUUUCGCUAGGCGAAGCAGUCGCGAAUGUGACAGUAUCUGCUUUAUUCCGUUUUGUUCUAACCUGUUCUUUGUGUUGCCAUGGCCUUGUUAUCUUUUGAUUUCAAUCCUGUUUGCCUAACCCCUUUUGUUGAGUUUUUGUGAGGGCUCACAUAUUCUCGCAGGGAUACCCUCCGGAGGUUUAUUCCGAUUUCCCGUACUGAUUGGUUUUCUUUGAUGGCAUCAGCUUGGGAGAAUCUCAGGGUUGCUUAUCCUUUAAUUGCUGUAACUUCGGAUCUUGAUCCGUGUGGAUAGCUGACUCAGGCAUUCACCGAUACGGUACCCGGAGGAAUCAACAGAGAGCAAUGGAAGGUGUACAAGCAGAGCUCGCUGAGAUGAGGGCCCGCAUGACCCAAUUCAUGGAUGUGGUUGAAGGGGUGGCUCAGGGACAACAAGAGCUCAGGCAGAUAAUACAGGGGAAUCCCCCUGCUCAACCAGAGACAGUGACUGAACCUCCAGCUGGAGAGGUUAACGGACCCAGUGGACCGGGGCCUAUCCCGAUCCCGCAUGCCAACCCCGGUCAACAUACCGUUCAUGAUGAUCAGGACGAUCAGUUUCCCCCACUUCAGGAAGACUUUGGCAUGGGUCAUGGCGUAGACCCCAUGUUCAGGAGAUUGGAAGAGAGGUUGAAGGCAGUGGAAGGACAGAAUCCUUUGGGAGUAGACGUUGCUGACUUAGGGCUGGUCCCAGGUGUGAGAGUGCCACCAAAAUUCAAAGUCCCGGUCUUUGACAAGUACAAGGGCAACUCUUGCCCCAAGACUCACGUGCAAGCCUAUUUCCGUAAAAUGGUUGCAUACUCUGAUGACGAGAAGCUACUUAUGUACUUCUUCCAGGACAGCCUAGCUGGGGCAUCCUUGGAAUGGUAUAUGAGACUGGACAGAGCCCACAUCCGUUGCUGGAGGGAUUUGGCGGAGGCCUUCGUGAAGCAGUAUCAGUAUAAUGCAGACAUGGCUCCGGACAGAACUCAACUUCAGAAUCUGUCUCUUAAAAGCAAUGAGUGCUUCAGGGAAUACGCUCAACGCUGGAGGGAGACAGCUUCCCGUGUUCAGCCCCCUAUGUUGGAGAAAGAAAUGGCCAACAUGUUCAUGAAUACGUUGCCUGGACCUUAUCUGGAGCGCCUGGUGGGGUGCAAUGCUUCCAACUUUGCUGAUGUGGUCUCUACCGGAGAGAGGGUGGAGAAUUACCUGAAGACCUGCAAGAUCCAAAGUGGAGGAGGAUCUUCGUCAGGGGUAAAAAAGUCGUUCGUUGGAGGGCAUAAGCAAAGAGAGGGGGGAGUGAAUUCUUUGGCUUCCUAUCAGAACAGAGGUGUUAGAAGGAAUAAUUUUCAGAAUUAUCAUCAACAACCGUAUGUUGCGGCGGUGACCAUUCCAGCUGCAGCGCCACUACAACAACAACCACCGCAACGUCAACCAGCUCAGUACCAACAGCAGCAACAACCGGGUAACAGACCCGCUUAUCAACAGAGGCAAAGGAUGAUGGACCGACAUUUCGACACCCUUCCGAUGUCGUACGCUCAGAUGCUUUCUAGGGUUGAGGAAGAAGGGUUUGAAGGUGCUACUGAAGAGUUCCUAGAUGUUGUUCCUGCUGAUUCUGCAGUCCAUGAUGAUGUAUUUACUCUUUCCAAUACGGUUGACUCUUUUGUAUUUGAACUUGAUUCCGAUGUUUCGGAUGUUUAUGCUCCAACAAAUGAGGGGACUAAGCUUAAGAUGAGUAUUGCAUAUCAUCCAGAAUCUGAUGGUCAGACAAAAGUUUUUAAUAGGUGUAUGGAGACCUAUUUGAGAUGCUUUAUUGUUGAUCAACCUAGGACAUGGGUGUCUUGGGUACACUGGGCAGAGUAUUGGUUUAACACCACUUUUCAUGUUGCCACAGGGAGGACACCAUUUAAGAUAGUUUAUAGGAUGCCACCUCCAAAACUAAUUCAAUGGGUUCAAGGAGAGACUAGAGUAGAAGUUGUGCAGAGGGACUUGUUGGAUAGAUAUGAGGCUUUGAGAUAG